CAAUAAUUCCCUCCCGCGUGAGUGAAACGGUUUCCGACCGCGUUUACUGCAGGCCUGCCUGACACUCUUUACGAAGCGACACGCAGCCAACAUAACAGGAAAGCUGCGGGGGAGCGUGACUAAAAGAGAGCAAGAAGGAAAACACAUCAAGGCUGCUGCCAUAACAGGUGUUGGAUUCCCUCGGCGACCUUCAGCCAAGCAGUUGUCGAUCACCAAGCAUUCUGCUCGAGCCUCGCGAAAACCGGGCUAUUACGUUUCCCGGAAAAAAUGCCGCAGUGCUGCUAUAGUGCUGUAAUUUUUCGCGGGCAUUUUAGAGCGCAUUGAGUUCAACUUGCGGCGGCUACGUCGAAAAGGGACACCUCGUAUUUGUUGGACAACAUGAGACGGUCAUAAAGAAGUCCACUGACCUGAGCUAUGGGCUGGCGAUCGCUAUGGACCCUUCGUUACUGGACGAACCCCCAUCCGGACCGCGGUCGGAGCUGGCUGACCGCACUGGCCACUGCGUGGUUGCUGUGUUUCACCUUUGCACUGUUCCGUUCCUACGGCGUCCUUUAUCUCUACUUCACUCGCAGCCUCGCCUUCUCCCGCCAAGAGGCGACAGCAGGGUUCACAGCUGUAUGCAUCGCAGUCGCCUGUUCUAGUUUACUUACCAGCUGCAUCACGCACUAUGUAUCCGUCCUCCUCGUCAGCUUGCUCUGCUCCGUUUUCUGUGGUAUGGCGGCCUGCAUUAUCUACAUUGAACCAACCUUUUUGGGAGUCAUGACGGCAAGCAUCGUGUAUGGUUUGGGUCUGGGAGGCGUCGAGAACUGCAGCUUGAUGCUUCUCAACAGACUCUUCAAGAAACACAGGACGGCGGCAGUUGGAAUCGCCAGUGCGGGAGUUGCUCUUGGAGGAAUAGGUUUUCCCCUUGUCUUCUACCACCUGAACGACGUAUACACCAUUCGAGGGGCUUGCCUAGUAUUCGGAGCUAUAAUGCUCAAUGGGUGUGUCGGAGUAUUCUUUCAAAGAUCACUCGUCGGUGAUUUCUUCCCAACGCAACCGAAGGCGGCCCAACGUUCGAACGUGCCAUUAGAUAUUACACUGAACGACUAUCAUGCAAAUACACGACCAACGCAUACAGUUAAUGGAAGUGUUGAGAAGCCACCUUCUGGAAUACCACCGCAGGUUAUACGAGACAUUGAAAUGCAAGAUAUGUCUCGAGAAGACCUGAAGACCAUAGACAGCGACUCAGAAGCGAAUGAUUAUACGUAUCACAAACUUAGGUCUGCAAGUAACAGCAACGUUUACGAAGCCGACAACAGCUACCGUCCUCAAAGGAUAGCCCGCCGUUCACUCCGGGUCAGCGAACACGACAUGGACCAAGACGUUCCCGUAUGGCUGGGAAUGCCAGCCAUGUCGGAAGCUACUGUCUACGAAGAUUGCCAGUCUGACUUCGAUCCUUGUGAACUGGAGGGCCUGCCGGUGUUUCGGCGGCGGCGCCUUCUUACAGAAGGGUCAGAAUCUUACGUUUCCUGCUACUCUAGUUAUCCGGAAACGCCAACGGAUAGGCCUACGUUGCUCGAGGCGCCACCGUACGACGUUGUGGAGACUGCUGAGACCGGUGAGGUGACAGUUCAUCGUCGGUCCGUGUCAUCCGAAAGCAUCGUCAUCGUACGGCCAGAGAGAGGACUCAAGUACUGCUUUCGCUCAACGCUUCAUCUGUGUACGCAAGGCAUGUUCUAUGUCUGUACGUUGAGCUGCUUCCUUCUGUACUACAUCGGGAGUGUCUACGCAAGCGUUGCUUUGGACUUCUUCGUCGACAAAGGAGUGCGACUCGUCGACACCAUGUACCUUCUUCCAAUUUAUUCAAGCUCGGACUUGCUCGGGAGGUUGGUGUUGGGAUACAUAAUCAAUUCACAUGCAGUGUCCAAGAAGUGCGUCAUGAUAUGGACGCAGGCUUCGAGUGGGCUAAUUUUCUUAGCAGCUCCUUAUCUGAUUGGAUAUUGGGUCAUGAUCGGAACUGCUGUAGUUUUUGGCAUUAACCUAGCGUGUAUCAAUGUACUGUACGCCGUCAUGUUUGCGGAGUACAUGGGACUGCACCACAUAUCCUUGGCGUUAGGACUGUGCUACGCAGUCAUCGGGGUCACGGCGCUCAUCAUGGUCCCUGUUAUAGGUCACUGCAGAGAUGUCAAAGGCUCGUAUGAUCCAGUACUUCAAGGCCUGGGCCUUCUCUGCCUUCUCAAUGUAUUCCUCUGGUUGUUCGUGGAACCAUUUUUCUCAGCGAAAAACCGUGCAAGUACUCGCAGGGUGUCCGAAAGCAAUCAGAACUGAUAUAUAACAGUGUUGUCCUUGCCUUGCGUGCCCCUGUCAUCACGCCAGCUGAACACUCCAUUCUUUUCUCGAGACCAAGCGAAUGAACCUCAAGCCCCGUGAAUCAAUGUUAACGUGCACUAUGGGCUGUGUUACACAAAAAAAUAUAUCGGUGCCUUUGUAGCUGCUAACACCAUACAUUGAGCAACGUGUGAAUAAACAAGUCGGCGUAUUAAUGUUCA